AUGGCGUCUGCCGCACACGACAAGGGCGUCAAGACAGACAAGCCCAAGAAGGUCGUUGUGAAUGUCGUAUGUCCUCCUCGCCUUCUUUGCCGUAUCACCAUCUCAAUCGCCUUGCUUGCUUUUGCUAAUCAUAGCUACGGACGUGGUGGUGGCAACUUUCGUAAAGUCUCUGAGAAGAAGUAUGCGACCGAGACAUCCAAGACCCCUUCGACGGCUCGCAAGGUGCUCGAGGUUGAGCCUCCUAGAAUGAAGAUGGCCGUAUCGACCGGACGUGGAGGGGCGGCCAACUACUUUCCACAUGUUCUUGAAGAGGGAGUCUUUGAUCGUGUGAUGGAGUAUGAGAUGACCCGCAUCCAAGUGUAUAAAAGUCAACAGGCCGCGAAACGAACUAGGCGUCGCACAAAUUCCAACGUCAAGUCGUCCAAAGCAUCUUCAAUAGGCUCGGAUGAUGCUGCGUCUCAGGCUAGGAUCUCCCUCCGCCGUUCUUGGGCCUCCAAAUCGACCGUCGACGUGACGGCUCACUCUGCGUCUCUCAGUCCGCCUAUGUCAUCUCCAAUUACUCAAAACAGACCCGAGGCCCGCAAAUCACUUCGAGAUACCUUAUUGGCACCUCUACGCACCACGUUUACGCGGGCCCCUCGGCCGUCUAGCACUCACGCAGUGACCAAAGAUGAUACAUCAUCCUUCUCUGCUUGCUCACUCAGUGAACCACAUUUCCCAAUGGACGACUCCAUGUCGCCGGUAGCAUCGCCCGUAGAGCUACACUCGCCGUCCAGUCCAAAUGCGGGCUCUUACGUGCACCUUCCCGCUCACGGCCAUGCCUCGGUAGGAUAUAGUCCAACGCUAUCUGAUGAGGCGUAUUCUGCAAUUCUUACCCCGUCCACCGCCGAGUUCUUUGGAGAGUUAGGCGCUUCUGCGGUGGCUGCGCGUUAUCAGCAAGCGAACGGAAUGCUUACAAGGCGUAAGUCAACCGGAGCUCAUCGGAGUCCACGAAGCAGUAAGCGGUUCACGAGCCUAUCUGCUCAAGUGCCAGUACCCACGAUUAGCAUCAAUGGGCGUACCUCCCUUCCGCCUCUCCCCCGUCAUCCAACCUUUGCACCCCCGCACCCAGACGAAGCGACACCCCCGAGUUUGCCACCACUAUCGUCCUCACAUCCGACGCAGAGCGCCAUGAAAACGCGCAUAGCUGCAGGCGGAAUCUCGAUCAAACACCUUCAAGCUAAUCCCGUCCCGAUUCUUCGUGUACCUGCUCCUCCGCGCUCCCGAUCAGGUUCCUCUUUGGCUUCCGUCUCUUCUAGAGACGCAGAAGCCAGGUAUGAGCGGUUGGCCGCCACAUCCUCCCCUCCUGGAAUUAUUAGACCUCCCGGAGACGCGAACGAGGAUGGCAUGGAGCUCAAAUUGAGCCGUCUGCGGCUCACGACCGAUCUUCCGAGUCCCGAAAGAUACAACAACUCGACGGCCGCAUCGUCUUGUCUCGAGCUUCCUAUACCUAGAUCGCAGAAGCGGACAAAGAUACAUGCCUCACGCGAGGCGUCGUGCUACGAUGACUCGGAUGUGGAUCGUAUAGAUCCGUUUCUUACAUCACGUGGACAGGGCAAUACUGCGACAGAAGGAGAGCCGCAGUACCUGACUAUCCGUGGCGUCGACAGUGUUCGUGUCGGAAAGCGACAGGAGAACGUGGAGGGAAUGCCUUGGAGGAACGCGAGUAUACUCUUCUCGGGAUCAAACAUCUCCAUCCCAUCUUUUAGCGACUCAAACCCUGAACUCGUGGCUGCAUAG